UAACCAUGGAUAUCAGUAAGACCACAUGCCUAGACAUUAAGUUGAGUAUCUAAAAUUAGGCAUGUUACAUUCUGUAGUUGGUGGACUGGGUUUCAAUACUCUGGUAUUCAUUGAGGAGACAUCACAAGCACAGGGAGACUGCAGCAAGCUUAAAACGAAGAUGGCAUCAUAUCUGUAUGAAUGCCUUUGUGAGGCAGAACUUGAAAAAUAUUAUCCUCAGUUUGUUGCUCUUGGUCUUCAGAGGAUAGAUGAACUAGCCAAGAUUGCCAUGAAAGAUUAUACCAAACUAGGGGUCCAUAACAUGAAUGAUCGCAAACGCCUGUUUCAGCUCAUUAGAAUUAUCAAAAUUAUGCAGGAAGAAGAAGAAAGAGUAGACAUGACCAAACAAGAUUUGCAACCAUGUGACCUCUAUGUCCAACCUCAGGUGACCAAGGCAGGUCCUCGUAGACAGCUACGUUUUGAGUCUCUCUUUGAGAAAAAGGAUGGAACAAUUAAAGACUGUGAACUUGCAUUGCACAGUUUGCCUGAGAUUUGUGCUAAUGAAGAGAAGGAAAGUUUGGUGGAAAUGUUAGGACAUGUUCUGCCAGAGGACUCAGAGGACAAUAAAAUAACCAGAAGAGACAUCCUGAAUGCUCCAGGAAUGUGCACGCAAAAUGAACUGGGCUGUCCUACAACAUAUUCCUCAAAUAAUAUUGCCCCUCUUUUGGGAGAUUCUGAAGCUCCCGUCAUACAAAGAGUAACUCAUAUUUCCGGAUAUAAUUAUGGACUACCUCAUUCUUGUGUCAGAUCUAAUACCUUUGAGAAGGAGAUGCCAUGGACAGCGACUGACAAAAUCCGAGUAUGUGUCCGAAAACGCCCGCUGGGCCUGAGAGAGGAGCGGCGAGGGGAAGUUAAUAUCAUCACAGUGGAAGAUAAAGAAACUCUUCUUCUCCAUGAGAAGAAGGAGGCAGUUGAUCUUACCCAGUAUGUUUUGCAGCAUGUUUUUUAUUUUGAUGAAGUCUUUGGGGAGGCAUGUACCAAUCAGGAUGUGUAUAUGAAGACUGCUCAUCCUCUCAUACAGCACAUUUUUAACGGAGGCAACGCCACUUGCUUUGCAUAUGGACAGACAGGUGCUGGUAAGACCUACACUAUGAUAGGGAGUCACCAGAAUCCAGGACUGUAUGCACUGGCUGCUAAAGACAUCUUUAGACAACUAGAGGCAUCCCAAUCAAGGAGAGAGCUCCAUGUAUGGAUCAGUUUUUAUGAGAUCUACUGUGGACAGCUUUAUGAUCUGCUAAAUGGAAGGAGAAGACUUUUUGCAAGAGAAGAUAGUAAGCAUGUUGUACAAAUAGUUGGCCUGCGUGAGAUUCAAGUGGAUGCUGUAGACCUAUUAUUAGAGGUAAUUUUGAAGGGUGGGAAGGAACGUAGCACUGGGGCGACUGGAGUCAACUCAGAUUCCUCCCGUUCUCAUGCUAUCAUCCAGAUUCAGAUUAAAGACACUGCAAACAGAAUGUUUGGGAGGAUCUCUUUCAUUGACCUGGCUGGCAGCGAGAGGGCAGCUGAUGCCAGAGACUCAGACAAACAAACAAAAAUGGAAGGAGCAGAAAUAAACCAAAGCCUUUUAGCUCUAAAAGAAUGUAUUCGAGCUCUGGAUCAGGAACAUGCUCAUACUCCUUUCAGGCAAAGCAAAUUAACUCAGGUACUAAAAGAUUCUUUCAUUGGAAAUUCUAAGACGUGUAUGAUCGCUAAUGUGUCACCUAGCCACAUAGCUACGGAACACACUCUGAACACGUUACGAUACGCUGACAGGGUAAAAGAACUGAAGAAAGGGAUUAAAUGUUGUACUCCUGUCACAAACAGACGUCGGAUAGCUGGAAAUGUAUCUCCAAAACGCAUCCAAAACUCUCCUUCCGUGCAGGCAGGAGAUAAGAGCUCUCCAAAAAAAGUAAAACUAGGGCUCCAUCAUCCUUUAAGUUCUUUGAGAAUAAAGGCAUCCCCUUCAGUGUUCCAUCCAACCAAUGUCCCAUUUUCCUCUACACCAAAAGGAGCCAAGGGUCAUACCCACAAAGGAAAUCUGAGCUCACCAUGGCUCAGCCACAGCAGUCCGAUUAAAGGAAUGCUAAAGACAGGGCAUCCCAUGAAGAAAAAGACUGAUGAGCUGACAGUACCAUCUGAAAAGCAUCAUACCACAAGAGAUUUUGUUGCCACAACUUCUGCAGUCUCAGAAACAAAAGAAAGUGGCCAAGGAGACCAUUGUAUUCCAAACAAACAGGCUGUCAGAUGCCUGAAGGUACAGACGGUGCAACCUGUCCAAAAGCAGCUCAUUUCCAAAGACGGCUUUUCCUUUGGAGAUGGAAAUCAUCCAUCAGAUGGCAGUCAGCGCUGUGCAAAUGUUUUUACUAAACAGUGCAUUGAAACCUGGGCAAAUCUCCCGCCACAUCAGAAAGAAAGGGAACAACAUUUGCGCCUUUAUCACCAGCAGUUUCAACAGCCACCUAUUCUACAACAGAAGUUGACCUAUCAGCCACUUGAGAAGUUUUUAGCCCAAUACAAACCCCAAGAAAUUAGAGUUAAGCAAGAGCAAAGCCUCCCUCCCACUGACUCUCAAUGCAAAGAGGGAAUGCUGCUGGAAGAACUGGACGACAGUGAUUUCAGUGAAGACUCUUUCUCCCCUAUAUCCAACCAAAGGAAGGUUAAAAGAAACACCAAUGAGAGUAACCAACUUUCAUUUUUCCUUCAUCAGCGGGAAGAAGGAAGUGAGGAGGAGAGGAGCCAAGAGAGACAGGGUUUAUUUUUUGAACAUGCAACACGUACACAAGAGCAUGGACUGAAUGACAGCUGGGACUAUGGGAGGGACUCUGCAUUUCCAGAACUGGGGGAGUCUGUUCUAGAUGGAGAGAGCAGUAAGACCCAACCCAACUGGAGCACAGAAGAGGACUUCACUAUUGAUACUUUUGUAAACAAUAAUACUGCAGAAAAACCUUGUUGCUUGCAGGAAGAUGUUGUUCAUAACUGGAAAAACAGCAUAGAUUUACCAGCUGAUGCUAAACGAUACAAAUCUGAAAACAGACAUCUAAUUUCUCCUGGUGAAAGCUCCUCGUUCCCAGAUAAGAGGACACACAGUACACAUGUUCCCUGCAUAUUGGAUUCAGGGACUACAAAAUACAACAAGAUCAGCCUUCCACAUGCACAAAGGGAAGAAUCCAUCAAAGAUGGAUUAACACCAGAGUCAGGAAACCUAGAAGGAAAGAAACUAAAAAAUGGAUCUAGCCCUGGUGGAGCUUCUAAUAUUUCCUCCGAAUUCGCUUCUGAACAGAUGGCCCCUCUGACCAUGUCUCUCCUUGACAAUGAGGAGGCAGCAGAUCCAGAGAACAUCCUUUCUGAGCAGGAAAAGGCUCUCCAAGUGAAACCGAUGUUGGAAAGGAAAAGCUGUAGUCCCAACAAAAGAUUAGAGGGAGAGGCCAGGCAGUUUCUUAAAAAUAAAGCCUCACCAAUGGGCAGUAUGCCUGAGCUGGGUGAACAAAUCUACCCAUGUGAAACAAAGUCCUCUCUGCAGCACACCCCACAAACUGAGAACAAGCGGCUCUCCCAAGCCUGUCGGGGUGCAAAGCCUUCGUGUAACCUUGGAAGUUCAUCUCCCUGGAAUGCACAAAAUUCUAUGAAAGGUUUAUUGGUUGGAGAUGAACACUUGACAGAAGCAUCUGCCAGGUGUGCCGGUGGAGAGAAAGAUGGAUUGUUUCUUCGUAACGUCAAGUGCAGAGAAUCCUUAGAUAACAGCAGGCAUUACGAUGCGGAUGCUGAGAAUACCACUGACAGCCUGUUGAAUGGCCCAGAAAAAUCUAGCACGAGUAAAGGACCCAAUGCUGUGCCCAUGUCUCAGACUGCACAUGCAGAUUUGCUUGAAAAGGUUUAUUUUUCAUGUGCGCCAUCUAUUCUGAAUGCAGGAAGAGGGGAGAGUAUAACCUCCUCCCCCUCUAGAGAAAGCAGCCCGCUGCAGUCCAGAUCAGAAUUCAAGACCCAGGGCUUUAACCAUUCAGAAGGUACCUUCAAGUUGUCAUUCAGUGGCGAGGAAAUAGGGCAGCUGAAGAAUAAACUGAUGCAAAGUAUUUUUACACAAGACCAUUCUGAUGCUGCAGAACACGCUUCAAGAUCCGUUACCAAAGAGAUCAGAUCAUUAGCAAAUCAGACCUCUUGCCCAAAUCCAUCCAUCAUUAGUGCUCAGAUCAAUCUGUCGGAAACAUCGAACCAGCACAGAGAAGACCUGGGAAAGGCACAGCAGGUUGUGAUUCAGGCCCAUCGAGAGCAGCUGGAUGAAAUGGCAUCCCUGUGUUUCAAGGAAGAGACCCUGAUCAAUCAGAUGUCAGCAGCAGACUUUGCAAGCUACGUGAUCAAACUGGACGAAAUCCUGGUACUAAAAUCCAAGUGUAUCCAAAGCAUGCGAGCCCAACUUCAGCUCUAUUUAACCUGUCCUGGCACAGAGUCUGCGCUGCAAAGAACGACAGCUCAUUAGUCCUCUGGGAUGAACAGUGACUAGUCACAGAAGCAAGUGCUCACUAUUUCUCCACCUUAGAUAGCCCUGCAGCAAGGGAGGUAGUUAGGGUAAGGUUUGGCGUGUAGGAUUAGCAUAUUUUAGAUAAAUGUAAGUAAAGGAGAAAUCUGUAGCGAUCUGCUUGGAAGCCGGAGGCUCUGUUGUCUUAGGUGGCAUCCUUUACAAUAGGAAACAGGUGCUUUGAAGCAGUAAUUCUGUCGGCUUCAAAUGUACACUGCAGCAGCAGGUGUCUGUGCUGUUCAGACUAGUUCCUCUCAUUAAAGGCACUUGUGUGCUGCUGGCAAAGUGACGCAGCAAGGAAAACAGAUUGAAACCAUCAAAGGCUCUGAAAAGAGAUGUUCCAAAGCUGCACGAGAAGUGUUUUAAGGAGGGAGGGAGGAAACGCAGGGGAACAGCUGUUUGCUGCAGUAAAAUAACCGGGCAGAUGUUGAAUGAAAAUCUCCUUAGAGCCACACUGGUUUAUAUUUUCAGAAGAACCAAGGAAGUAGCUACAGCCAUUCUGGGUCUUCUUCUAACAGUGCAAAUCUGUUAUCAGGAGGCGCUAAGAGAUGGACAAUACGUGACUUAUGCGAAGGGCUCAUCUGCAAAAAAAACUUCCACUCAAAUUUGACAUCACGUGCUGUAUUGAUUUGACAUUGGUGCCAGCUACUGAGAGGGUCUUAGCCCAGUGGGAGGUGGGAUGUGUGUGAGUCUCCCCACUGCUACAAUGUAUGCAGUAGCACAGUUCUCCCAUUCAGAUGCAGCUACAGAACUGAUUUCCCCUCUGAGCCAGCUGCAAAAUCUCUCCAGCUUGUGGUGGUUGGGUUUAGGUACUUGUUAGCCUCACCAUUUCCUGAGCCACAUAGAUCAGAGCCAUCAACUGGAUCCCUGUACAGCUGCUACGGCCAGGUCUCUCCUGUCCCACAUGUGCGCUGCACAGGAGUAUACCAGCUUAAGCCAUAGGUGACCUUGUAGAAUGUACAGUUUAGAUCAUGUGCUCCAGAAACUGAUCGUAUUCUAAAGUCUGCUCUGAAUAUGCCUAGCACAGAGGGAUCUGAGUUUAUAAGGAACGUUGAUAGAGCUAAAGGGGCUUGAUCGAAAUAUUGCAGUCAGUCAUAAAUAUCAGAGGUGAAAUAAGCGUGUCCUUUGAGAUUCAGAAUUUCCAGGCUGCAACCUGCACUGAAGAGCCUGGAUUUGUGGCAGGCAUUGGUACGGUAACCUUCCAGCGUAUUAGCCACGGGAUUGGGGCUUUGCAAAGAUAACAUCCCAGUGCACAUGUAACAACUUCAAACAAAUGCUCAGGAACAGAAUUCUAAGGCGAGAAAUAUGCGAAGCAACCUUAAUUUCACAAGUGAUCUUUCUAAGUCCUCUGACUUCCCUCGCUGUCAGGACUCCCUCUUCCAUCCAGCUGGCUUGUCGCUGGCAGCAGAGAGCUGUUUUUUCCCCAAGAACUGAAUGAUAGCUGAGGGUUUUCCUGUGUUCAGAUUACAAGCCAGCAUCAAAUCACACUGGAAACCAGCAGCUCCAGGAAACCAGCCAGCUUGCUGUUGCCUCUUAGAAUGCAGCUUUCACAUUUCAGGGAAAUGAGGCAUUUGGCCGUGGAGAGAGAAAGUACCUGUUUUAUAUCCUUCAAGCAUGAUACCUUGGGCAUGUGCCAAGGCAGAUAUGUUUGAUAGUCAACAGCCAAGAAGAAAACCGUGGGGGAAUGUGGAUUACGUCACACUGGUCCCGAGGAGAGGUGGAUGGUUCUAAUUACUGGGUGGUAAGAGGAGAUGUGAUACAGAGUUUCUUUGGGAAUUUUCGGUUAAAACACAAUUGCUGGAAAGCCCCUGCCCUCCCACUCCGUCCCUUGUGCGUCAAGACCAGUUUCAGAACUCAGGAGUGGGGCCAAGAUACAGCAGGCAGCCACCUGGCAUUUUGCAAUAGUCCUGCUUAGCCUUCUCCUGGCAUAAUUACAGAAGACAGCUAGGCACAGUGCAGGUUAGGAGUGGGGAGGGGAGGGUGUGCAGAAGUCACUGGAAAUGGAAAGGGUUGCUCUGGGCAGAUGGUUAUAUGCAGAGCGGGAAGUGAGCGCCUGCCAAGGCUAAGAAUAGAAACAAGUGUCAGGACUCAGUGUCUGUGAGAAGCCGGGGGGGCCCAAAGGCAGGCAGGAGCACAGGUGAGUGACACUACCUCCAUAUGCAGGGAGAAGUUUUAAAGAAAGGCUCGGCAAAGCAAAAGGCUGAAAGUUCAGAGGCAGAAUGGUUGGGCGCGUCCCGGGUUAUUUCACAUGCCCGUUUCUCAGGGCUUGGCCUGAAGAACCCAUUGAUCUUACCAUGCUCUAGGCUGUAUCAGUGACACUGGAUGAGCGAACCAGCCAUCUGCCCAGGUGGUGAGAGCCAGAGUGAUGCAGGGGGUUUACACCGGAGCUGAACCACCAGUGUAAGUCUGGAAUGUGCUCAGUGCUCAUAGCUAGAACUGGUACAUUUCAGCUUUGCAGACUCAUUUCACAGAGUUCACUGAGCAGUGCACGAUUAUCCCUGUGAAUUUUAAGUUAAAGGGCAGCCGAUUAUUUCCUUGUAAAAACUGCCUAAAUUUGAAGUUAAGUCCUUUUGGGUAUUUCAUGUGGCCUUCACCGGAGGUGACAAUUUUUUGCUUUAAAAUAUUUUUUCUCCUGGUAUUGUGUAAGAGACUCUCAUAAACAGGAGCAGAAACUAAGGCACCAACCUUGGCAACACUUGCGUUGAUUGACAUUAAGCACAGCAGUGUAUUACACACCCACUUGGUCAGAGAAUUGGGUUCUGAGAAUAGAGAGGAAACAGUAAUAUUAACUACUCCCGUUGCGGUCAGAUGCACUAACAAUAUUUGUCUCCUCCAGUCAUUGUGUUCUGUCACUUGGAUGUUACUUUAACUCAGGUGUUCCACUUGGCAUCCCUGCACUGGCUGUUGACAGCCGGGAAGUCUGUUAGAGGAUUGCUGAAUAGAGAGCGCACAGAGACUUUUCAAACAUGUUUUGUUCUACGAAGCACCUGCCCACAUAAAAUCACGUACAUGAAGAGCUAAAGUGAAUUUGCUUUUGAAUGUGAGUGCAGUGAGUGGAUGUCAGGGUCUACGGCCGGCUUUUGUGUUGUGCUUAAAAGUACUGUAUUUAAAUUAAAAUUCUAUUGAUUA